AUGUCGCUGGUUCCACUUCCCAACGGGGUGCAGGAAUGCUUGGUGGAAUAUCUACCCAGAAAAUCUAAGAAGCCGUUUAUUACCCUGACCUACGCUCAAUCGUUAGAUUCUCGUAUUUCUAAGGGUCCUGGCAUUAGAACACUAAUAUCUCACCCCGAGACUAAAACAGUUACCCAUUAUCUAAGGUACCAUCAUGAUGCAAUUUUAAUAGGAUGCAAUACCGCUAUAACUGACGAUCCUGGAUUAAACUGUAAAUGGUACCCUACGGCAAUAUCUGGAGAAGACUUAACGAAUUAUUCUCCGCGGCCUGUCAUAAUUGAUCCGCAGGGCAGGUGGAAUUUUAGUGGAUCCAAAAUGGAGUCUCUUUAUCUUAAUAAACAGGGUAAGCCACCAAUUGUAGUUGUAUGCAAUCUGCCUCCUAAUCCAUCGAAAGAUGUAACUUAUAUCAAAAUGCAUAAAAAUGACAAUGAUGAGAUUGACUGGCUUCAAUUAUUUGAGGUUUUAAAGUCUAAGUAUAACUUGCAUAGUAUUAUGGUCGAAGGUGGAGCCAUAGUGAUUAAAAAGCUGCUUCAAAGGCCUGAGAUUGUGUGCUCUUUAGUAAUCACAAUUGGUUCAACUUUUCUUGGAGAGGAAGGUAUUCAAGUCUCACCAGCUCAUGAGGUUAAUCUCACAGAUGUAAAUUGGUGGCACGGUACAACAGAUGCCGUGCUCUGCGCUAGAUUAGCAGGCGAAGCCAAAAUAUAA